GAAUUACAAAUUACUGUCAAUAUCAACCUUGGACGCCGAUACUAAAUUUUAUUUUGUUAAUUCGAGUUUAAAUUACAUUUAAAGGAGAUAAUAAGCAUUAUAGAUCGCAAUUAAGUGUUUCAAUUUUAACUCUAGUGUGAUUAUAUAGUAAAAUAGAUAGGAGAUACAACUUACGAUUAAAGUAAAAUAUAUUUUGAAAACAUGAUAGAUAUAUUAUACAAAAAAUAAAAAUAAACAGGCAGAAGUGGAAACCUUUCAUGUAAGGAUUUGCAGUGAAUGGAAAGUUCACAGAACACAGAAGAUUUUUAUGGAAUUCCAUGAAAAAGACACCACAUUUUAUUUCCAAGGGCAGAAUUUCAUUUAGUGACAAGCUCACAGAGCAUUGAACAAUUUUAUUGAAAUCCACAAAAAAGAAACCUUUUAUUUCAAAGGGCAGACCAAAUAAACAAGUUGUAAAUAAUAGAUUGGGAGGAUUAUAGCUGGUACAAACAACAGAAAGAAACAAGUGGACAUAAAGAGAAUAUUGAAUAUUCUGUCUUCAAAGGUUUGAACAAACAAAAAAAAACCCUGACAUUUCAAAGCAAGAGUAAGAUGGAAGAGAGACGAGCACUACUGGAAAAAGCCAAAAUAGCCGAGGAAGCAGGUAGAUGGGAGGAUAUGGUUGAUUUCAUGAAGUCGGUGGUCAAGCUUGGCCGGGAACUGUCUGUGGAAGAAAGAAAUUUAUUGGCAAACGCAUACAAAAACAAUGUUGGUGCAAAAAGAGCUGCAUGGAGAAUAAUAAUGAGCAUUGAACAAAACAUAGAGGGAGCAAAUCGAAGGAAAGAUAUCAGCAGAGAAUAUAGAGCCAAAAUUGAGGAAGAAUUAAAAGUUAGCUGCAACGAAAUUAUUGAGCUUAUUGACAAACAUCUUAUAAAUACGAUUGAUACAGAAAAUCAGAUAUUUUAUCUGAAGAUGAAAGGCGAUUAUUAUCGAUACCUGGCCGAAUUUUGCAGAGAUACUUCAAACGAUUAUGUCUUUGAAAGUGCCAAGAUUGCAUAUGCUGAAGCCUAUGAACUCUGUCGUGAAAAUCUUUCACCUGGACAUCCCCUGCGCUUGGGAUUGACUCUCAACUUUUCUGUGUUUCACUAUGAGAUACUAGAAGCCUGGGAGACAGCCUGUGAUAUGGUGAAAGAAAGUUUAGCUGCAGGGGAAGACGACCUGCGUAACCUGACCCAAUCUGCCAGAAAUGACACUGCUGUUCUAUUGCAACUACUCCAAGAUAAUCUGAAAAUAUGGUCAGUUGAAAUGGACUCGCAAAACAUGAGCAGUAAAACACCUCAAUGAUAUUAUUGAUUAAUAAUUAAAUGUAUGCCGUUAAUCCAUACCACUUUAUAAUUAUAAUGAAAUAAUUAUUAGUUUAUACUUAUUUAUUUUAGCUCGAUUGUGAUGAAAGCUUAAAGCUUAUGUAAGCAACCUCUCAAGUUGGGUUCCUGGAAAAACAAGUACUAGUGUCGUAUGAGAGGGUGUGGUCAUGACCCCAAUUCUUGACUUUCAGUUAUGUUCCACAAUGACUUAGAUGCUGUUUUAACCUUUAUGUAACAUUAUUUUCUUAUUGACUCAUAAAAUUAUUCAUAUUUCUACAAAAACUACAACUCGUAACACAAUUUGUUCCCCUUGUCAUUAAAAUAUUCUUAGACGA